AUGGGAUGGACCAAUAGGAUAUCGGGACGUGUGGCGCGGCGGUUUGUGUUCGUGAUGUUAUCUGUGUUAGCAUUCCUCAUUUGUCAUAUCAGUUUUCCCCCAGUUGCUGCUUAUUCAAGGGACGACUGUGAUAGCUGUAGACGUGCAGCAAAAAGUUUCGUCUCAGGCAUAUACAAAUCAGAAGGUAAAAAUUUUGGAGGCGGAAAUUCGUUAUGGGAAGAAGAACACUUAGGCAGAUAUUCCGUGAGUGAAGCGCGUUACCAUGAUAUCCUAGAAGUUAUGUGUGGUGCUAAGCAAAAUAUAGAGUGUCAUAAGUUUUUGGAGAACAUAGAACCUCAUUUGGAGGAGUGGUGGCUCAAGGAUUUUAGAAGUAAUACGAACAAUCCGGAAAGACUCGAAGAAGAACUGUGUGUUAUUCAAACAAAGUAUUGUUGUCCUUUUGGGUCCUUUGGACCUUCUUGUCUUCCUUGUACCACAUGCCAUGGACAUGGCACAUGUGACGGUAAUGGCACAAGAUAUGGUUCUGGUAAAUGCCUCUGCGAACCCGGUUACUCUGGAGAUUCUUGUGAUCGAUGCAACUUGGAAACCCACUUCCAGCUUCAUGAUGAUGGUCCUUCUGUAUCAUGCUUACCUUGUCAUUCGUCAUGUUCUGGAGGUUGUUCUGGUCCGUUUUCUCAAAAUUGUUCAUCUUGUGCGUCGGGGUGGUCUAUGCACGAAUCUAAUGAUCAACGGGACUGUGUGGAUGUUAAUGAAUGUCUCAGUAAUCCCUGCAACAAUGUCACACACUUUUGCGUAAACAGGCCUGGCUCGUACGAAUGUAUUGCUUGCAAUUCCGCCUGUCGCGGGUGUACUGGUGCAACUGCAAAUGACUGUGUAUCCUGUGCAAAUGGUUACCAGAGAGGGAAUAGUGAAGCAUGUGAAGAUAUCAACGAAUGCAAUGCCGAUAGUAACAUUUGUAAUAAAGAGGGGGAAGUCUGCAAGAACUUGAUUGGUGGUUAUAAAUGUGACUGCAGAAACGGAUACCAACGAAUUAAUAAUGAUUGUGUACUGAUUACAAAGCAGGAAACAACUUCGGAAACUCUGGAAAAUAUGCAAGAUGUACAAAUUAAUGAUGGUUACGACACUUUGAAAGAGGAGCCGAAUCCUAGUCAUAUUCUGGGAGAAUUGUGAAUUUGAAUUGCUGUUGUUCCCAGUGUAUAUAAGUGACUGACGAUUAUGCUACUUUCGGAGGCUGGAUAAGUUUUGUGCCUCGUAAUUAUCCUGUCUCAUUGACAAUUUAUCAUGGUUCCAGAUAUAUCAUGUUUCAUAGUUUGAUUUUACUUAUCUGUGAGUUGUUUACCACUGUGACAUUUUCUUCCAUGAAGUUUUGUAACUUUUUGUGUUUAUACAAUAAUGUAAAUUAGGACUUCCUUUUUCUUCUAAUGGAAACAUUUUCGAAAUAGCUAAAUGUUGUGGGAUUUUCACGCGAUCUGUUAGAUAAGGUAAUAAGUCUGUACAUUCUUCAGUGGUGUUUAACAAUGUGUGCAUUACUUUGUUGUUCUAAACUUCUUUACCUUUGUGGCCUGCAGGCAGAUUUCACUGAUUUUACAUGAAAUUGGGAACUGUAGUGGGAAAUGAAUAUUGUAAGUAAUAGGUGAAGGCUUUACGCCUACGCUUGUUCUUUGUAAUGAAAUGACUAUCGAUACAGUUAUCAACACGUACACAUUUGUGACAUGGGCUUUGAAUCGUUCUGACUGCUUUUGUGUACGAAUGCGAACCUAGUUGCACAUGAUUACUGCC